AGCACAGUUCACAAAGUACACGUAGAAGCGGAAUCUUACAAGUGAAAUAAUAAUAAUCGCUGUUUCAUCGUACAGGCAUAAAUGUGCGACAAGUAGUUUAUUAAAAACUGUUGAUAUGGCUAUGUCUAGCAUUUUAUUAAUGCGGAAGGGUUUUUCCGUAAAUGGUUUUAGAAGUUUAUGGACUUGUAGGGCACUGCUCGCAGAGCAAACCGAAAAUGGUACCGCACAGCAAUCACAUCAGAACAAGGAAAGCGACGAGGACUAUGAAAAAAAUAUCAAGUCAAAGAUUCUUAGCGCAUCUUUAAAGUUUGUACAUGAUCUGGGGUGGAGCCAGCAAGCCAUCAGUGCUGGUGCCGAAUCUAUUGGAUAUCCCAGUGUGAUUCAUGGAUUAUUUCCUAAUCACGGGGCAGAUUUAGUUCAAUAUUUUUACUUGACAUGUAAUAAUGAGUUGAAUAAAGUGCUUAAGGAACAAGCUCUUGCUAUCGAAGCAAAUACCACCAAAGAAAAAAAAACAUUGGAAUCUCAAGUACAAGAUGCUGUCCAAACGAGACUUAGAAUGGUGAUCCCUUACAAGAAAACUUGGCCUCAAGCUUUAGCACUUAUGACACUUCCUCCUAAUGUUCCUAUGUCAUUGGCUAAUUUGCUCACUUUAGUUGAUGAUAUUUGUUAUUAUACCGGUGACAGAUCAGUUGAUAUUAAUUGGUAUACUAGAAGAAUAGUACUGGCAGGCAUAUAUAAGACUACCGAGUUGUAUAUGCUACAAGAUAAUAGUGAAGAUCAUAAACAAACUUGGAGUUUCUUGGAAAGACGGAUAAAAGAUGCAACACAAAUUCAUUCUAUUCUUACAACAACUUCUGACAUGGCUUUACCAGAACAAGCUCUAAAUCGUGCUACCGAAGCUGCCAGUGGUGUUUUUAUUACAGCACGUAAUAUACUUGGAUUGAAUUGGAAUAGAUAAACCAAUGUUGAGAUAGAAAAAAAAUAUAUUUUAGAGGAAAAUCACAUACAGCAUUCCUCCUGAAUGUGUUUACUGAAAGUAAACAAGUCAUUUAAGAGCUAUAUGCACGUAUGUUGAUUUUAUAUGAUACAAUGAUGUUAAAAGACACAAUUUAAUGCUGAAUGAACAGUUACUGCUAAUUUAUUUCAGUAAUAUAGAUUAACAAGGUCUGUACAUUUGAAGUCAAAUUCAAUAAAUCUGAAUUAUUUUCAUGCAA